CGCUCCCACUUUCAGCCCAGAGCCCGCCUUCGCCCUCGCACGUCCAUACACGAUGACCGCACCGCUCAGCCUGCCGCACCGCUCCGCGACGACGGACGGGCUCCCGUCGCCGUACCCGAACCCGUCGCCAACUUCGUCGGACAGUACGCGCCAAGGCUCGUCCUCAGGGGACUACGACAUCGUGCCACCGUACCACCCCGCCCGCACGCUCGUGCUCUGCUUCGAUGGCACUGGAGAUCAGUUCGAUGACGACAACUCGAAUGUCGUGAAGUUCUUCAGCUUGCUGAAGAAGGACGACCGGAACGAGCAGAUGGUCUACUAUCAGACUGGUAUUGGGACAUACUCGUCUCCCUCGGCUUCCGCAUCUCCGCUGCGAUCCAAGUUCGACAAGCUGUUGGACUCCAUGAUCGCGUGGCACUUGGACGCGCACGUCCAGAGUGGCUAUGAAUUCCUGAUGCAAAAUUACCAAGCGGGCGACAAGAUUUGCCUCUUCGGCUUCUCUCGUGGUGCAUACACCGCCCGUGCUCUCGCCGGCAUGGUACACAAGGUCGGACUUCUACCUGCGUGCAACCACGAGCAGGUCCCGUUCGCGUACAAGAUGUUCACGCUCAGCGACGAGAUCGGAUGGAAGCAAUCUACCGUGUUCAAGAAAGCGUUCUGCAUCGACGUCGACAUCGACUUCAUCGGCGUGUGGGAUACCGUCGCCUCGGUUGGUUUCAUCCCGCACACGCUCCCCUUCACCUCCUCGAACCGCUCAAUCCGCGUCUUCCGGCACGCCGUCGCCCUGGACGAGCGCCGCGCGCGCUUCCAGGCGAACCUCUACCGGUACCCGAAGAAGAAGGACCUCGAGCACGGCACGAAGCCGGGGGACAUGCCGAAGUCGGACACGGAGUAUGCGACGCGCGUCGCGGUGCAGGAGCCGGGCAGCGCAGGUGGAAAGCCGAAGUUGAGCAAGAAGCCGAAGAGCGAGUUCAAGCAGCAGCUCAAGUACGAGCGGCUGUUCAAUCAAUCGGACAGCUGCGCGCAUGAGACCGAGACGGACGUGCUUGAGGUGUGGUUUGCGGGGUGCCAUUGCGAUGUCGGUGGAGGCUCCGUCCAGGACAGCGUUGAGCACACGCUCGCGCGUAUCCCGCUCCGCUGGAUGAUCCGCGAGUGCUUCAAGACGAACACCGGUAUACGCUUCCAUGGCGAGCUCCUGAGGCGCAUCGGACUGGACCCCGCCGCGCUCCACCCGCACGUCGCGGACCGACCGUCACCGCUCGUCCCCAGCGCGGAGUUCUUGAAGGGCGUCGCGCCCCCAGUGCCUCUCACGACCGAGGAAGAGCAUGAGGUGCGCGAUGCGUUGUGCCCGGCGUACGACCAGCUCGACGCGGCAUGGUACUGGUGGCUCUUGGAGUGCAUCCCAACCGAGAAGCGCGUGCGGGGGCCUGCCCCAGAGUAUAAGGAGAAGAAGCGGAAGGUGAUGAACAUGGGCACUGGAAGGGUUGUGCCGAAGCGCCACUCGCCGUUCUACGUGCACCGGAGCGUCAAGCUGCGCAUGGAGGCGACGGACCUGCCGGGCGGCCCUUACGUGCCCAAGGCGCAGUUCGUCACCGAGCCUACCUGGGUUGACUAAACGUGGACGUCAUGAUAGGGACUCUGGAAUUAUGCACUUGUACAGUUAAUGGUAUGCUAGGUGCUUCGGUCGUUCUAUGGUGCGUCCACGUCUGGCAUCUCGGGCUGGCGCGUUGCAUACGUUAUUGAUGUAACUAAUUGAUAUGGCGUAGUUUCUGCCUUUACAGUAUAGCGAUAUUCAAUUAGUUCUUGGC